CUUUUUUCCACCAACAAGCAAUCUUUAAUCAAAUCCCGUACGUGCGGCAACUGUUUUUUCUUCCUUGGCACGCUUGCCAGUCGGACACUUCGUAGUGGAGAGAAGAUCCAUAUCAAGUCAGUUUAUAUCCAGCUAUCAGAAUUGGGAAGAGACUAGUUUGGUUACUUUGUAGUUUAUUGACAAGGUCAACGGGGGAUUGAAUAUGAGCCGGUUUUUUGACGAUAGGAAUCGUCGGGGGUCAAUGUUUGGAGACCCGUACGGUCGCCCAUACCCUAACGUUCCAACAUCGUUCGAUGAACGUGAUUACCGGCCUACGGCGGGAUGGGGUGGUCCUCCUGUGCCUAUGGGACCGCCGCAAUUAGGUCCGCCUCAGAUGCCGUUCUACGGUACAGGAGGGCAGACCUUCUUUGCCUCCGGCUAUCCAGGAAUGAGCAUGGGCUUUGCCGGUGGACCAGAGCGGUUUGGACAUCCGGUAUACGAGACCCAACCAACUAUGGCACCCUACAGCGGGUCCCGUCCCUCCAUGCGCAGCGGUUAUGGCCCAAGGUACGAACUGGAGGUUGGCCGGGACCAGCUUUGGGAGAGAGAGCGGGAGCGAGAUAGGGGACGACCAAGCAACUAUAACGCGCCACUCCUGGAUUUCCCUCCGGAUCCUGAUGUGCGGGGAUUUGAGGAGUAUAAGCUUCGAUGGGACCAAACUACACCCAAGCCUCGAGAGACGUCGGUGCAAGGUUGGGGCCCUCCACCACAAAUCAAGUACGAUCCUCUCCUGAUGUGGUCAAGAGAAGUGGAACCAUCACGUACCUCCUCCACCACGACACCUUCACCUGCUCGUGAUACCCAGAUUAAAAUCGAACAGAGCGGUGACCAAUUUCGAAGACUCUAUGAUUAUCCUGAAUAUGUGCAAGAGAGACGCCACAGGUUCGAAGUUGCGGAUGCUCAUGUCCCCCCUGCAUAUCAUGUUUCGGAGACUGACAUACCUCCAAACGUUGGGCCUAUUGGGACGCACGGUCGUGCAAAUGCCGAUCGCGAUCGUAGUCUUAGCCCAGUCCAAACCUACGCUUCGCUCAAAGAUGAAUAUUCAGCAAUGCGGUAUAAACGAGAGAAUCGGUUUGACUAUUGAGUAAGAGUAUAUUCACAUGGACCUAUGUGAGGGGUAAUCAGCCUUUUCGCCGAAUUUGACAGAUUUUCUCGUGUUGCAGGGACCUUUUCUUGCGUGUUUAGAAGUGGUCUAAUUGCUGAACUGUCACUAUGCUGUGGAACGGAAGGUUGCCAGUCAUAUCGUUUUUAUUUUGCAUUGUAAGCAUAGUGUGAAAGCCUUCUUUGAAAGAGUGGAGUUGGGCAAUCAUAGAUAUAUCCGUCAACUGUCAUUUCUUUCUUAUGCGUUUCGGUGUUCAUGUGGCCUAAACUAAUUAUCACUUGUGGGCAUGUUCAAAACUUUUUUCUCUGUCG